UUAAUUAGUUAAAGUUUAAGCCACCAACAACCUUCGAGCUAAUCCUCCUCGAUCGAUCAUGCCUGGCCUCACCCUCGGCGACGUCGUCCCCGACCUCGAGCUCCACACCACCCAUGGCAACAUCCGCCUCCACGACUUCGUCGGCGACGCCUACGCCAUCAUCUUCUCCCACCCCGCUGACUUCACGCCGGUGUGCACGACGGAGCUGUCGGAGAUGGCGAGCUACGCCGGCGAGUUCGAGAGGCGCGGCGUCAAGCUGCUCGGCUUCUCCUGCGACGACGUCGAGUCGCACAAGGAGUGGAUCAAGGACAUCGAGGCGUACAAGCCUGGUCGCCGCGUCGGCUUCCCGAUCGUCGCCGACCCGGACAGGGCGGCCAUCAGGCAGCUGAACAUGAUCGACGCCGACGAGAAGGACGGCGGCGAGCUGCCGAACCGCGCCCUGCACAUCGUCGGGCCCGACAAGAAGGUGAAGCUGAGCUUCCUGUUCCCGGCGAGCACGGGGCGGAACAUGGCCGAGGUGCUGCGGGCCACGGACGCGCUGCUGACGGCGGCGAGGCACGGGGUGGCGACGCCGGUGAACUGGACGCCCGGCGAGCGCGUCGUCAUCCCGCCUGGCGUCUCCGACGAGGAGGCGCGGGCGAGGUUCCCGCGCGGGUUCGACACCGCCGAGCUGCCGUCCAACAAGUGCUACCUCCGCUUCACCCAGGUGGACUGAGGGACGUGGGGUCAUCCGGACCGUCGAUUUUCGCUGGGAAUAAACCAACGCACGCUCUGGAUCGCUCCACGUGUUGCCGUGUACUGUGCUAGUGUCUUGUUUAUGUGUGCAGUGUACAAGUUGUCCGGUGUUUUGGUUCGUUGAUACGCUGUAAUGUUUUACCCCUCAGCCCUGUAAGAAUAUGUGGAAGCUUGAAUUUAAAAAACUUAAGUUUGGAGUUUGUUACCAAGGUUUUUAAUCUCAGUAU